AUGAUGAUGUGCUUUACGAAGCAGAGAGAAUCCAAAGAUAAUCCGAGGGGGCCGGGCCGCAUGGAAGCAGACCAUCAUGGCUCUGAGCCCGAGCCCCGAAAACCGGCACUAAAAACGCAUAUGCACGGUCCCAACGCCAAAUAUCUAUACGUACUGCAACAAAGGACACCCCAGCUCCAUUCCAAUACUAAACAUGAGGCCAACAAUGCACCAGGAGCACCGAAACUGACGCACCCAGCCUACCUGCCUCCACCAGCUGAGACACCAGCAGCAGAUAAGCAUGAUCCACACACCCAAAAAGAAAUGCGCACUAGAGGCAUGGAGGGCAAUGCGGGCUCUGGGCACGGCCCCGCUUCCCCCCUUGGCCGGUGGGGGUAA